CAGCUGUUCACUCACUCACAUACCAACCACCGCUUCGGGGGAGGGGGGGUGGAAGAAAGAAUGAAAAAAAGAAAAAAAGAAAGAAAGAAACAAAGAAAAAAAAAAGAUAUUUAAACAGACACAAAGAAAAUCACUCAAGUGCUAUUUGAUAUUAACCAUUUCGAAUUCAUCUUCUUCCUAUACGAUUGAAUUUGGCCCCACCGCUGGACUAUACUUAUCCCUGUCUAUCAUUUCUACUUUCUCCCUUCCGAGUGAAAUAUGGUCUUCGAUCCGACCCUGCCUAAAACCUAUGGGAACUUUUUGAGAAUUAAGACACGCGAUUUGUCAGCCCAGGAACUCCGUCCUUAUUCUUUAUGGCUUAAAGAGAGCGUGGAAGAGGACAUUGCGAGGUUCGAAAAUGUGGAAGACAUUCUAACUGAAAAAUGGAAUCUACUGAUCGACUAUACGAGUUUUAUCGAUAAAAAGGGGUUAAAAAUAACCGAAGGGGAAUUUGAAGUGGUAAAAGAGCUUAUUCAACAGCUUCAGAUAAUCGCCGCUGAAGCCGCUGUCAAGCUGUCGACCUUGACGGGCCUCCAGACGGGGCAGCGAGAUACAAACAUCACUCCUACAGUCUUGGAAUCUUUGCAGACAGAUGUAAAUCUUCGCGAGAAACUGUGUGGACAAUAUCAGGAAAAUCGAACAGGCCUUAGGGAGGAAUUUAUGGAAUAUAAGAAGGAUCGCAGGGAAGAGCUGGAACAGAGAGAACGUGAACGAGAGGAAUUUGCACUGGACGAUGACACCAGAUCAACAAAACGACUCAAGCCAUGAACUGCUCUUCUGCUUAGCCUGACUGGACAUCUUGGUUGAACGUGGUUAGAAAUUUAACCCAGGUCAUGGCUAGAACCUAGAACUCUAUCUAUAUCAAUCUCAUCUAAAAUACACAUACAUUCAUAGACUGUUUUCUUC